UCCUCUGCUCUCUCCUACCCACUCCCACUUCCACUCCUCCUCUGCUCCAAAACCAAACACAAAAUCCCUGACACAAAGCUCUUCACCCCAAAAACGCCAUCGUUUCAAGCCCCUCAGAGCUAGAACUUGAACCAACCCAUGGCAUUAUCUGUGGCCACUAAGCUCCAGCCCUCAAUUUGCGAGCCUCGCGCCGUUCUCGUCCCCGGUGGGAACAGAGUUAGGGUUUCAGAGGGACCGAAACACAAGUACGAGGGACUCAAGAAGCCGCCGCAGAGGCCGAGAAAACCGGCCGCUGAAAUUCCGGAGUCGGUUGUGAGGAAGAAUGUUUCGGUGGACAGCUCGUGCUCGUCGGACACCUCUUCCACCGGCUCCUCUCCCAAGACGGCGAGUCCGAGGAAGACUGUGAGAAAGAAGAGCUUGAGGCCUUCCAAGCUUGUUUCAAACGACGUCGUCAAACCCGAAGGUCCACCUAAACGAUGUGAAUGGAUUACACCCAACUCCGACCCGCAUUAUAUUUCGUUCCACGAUGAAGAAUGGGGAGUUCCAGUGCAUGAUGAUAAGAAGCUGUUUGAACUACUUGUGCUUUCACAAUCUCUAGCAGAGCUUAGUUGGCCGGAAAUGCUUACCAAGAGGGAUAUAUUCAGGAAUCUUUUUGACAACUUUGAUCCUACAUCCGUUGCAAAUUUUGAUGAGAAGAAGUUGUUGUCACUCAAAGUAAAUGGCAUCCCAAUUCUAUCCCAACAAAAGCUUCGAGCAAUAGUUGACAAUGCUAUACAAGUGGUCAAGAUUCAGCAGGAGUUUGGUUCCUUCAGUAAAUAUUGCUGGAGCUUUGUGAACCAGAAGCCAAUCAACAAUGGAGUUCGUUAUGGACGUCAAGUUCCAGUAAAGUCGCCAAAAUCUGAAGUUAUAAGCAAGGAUUUGAUGAAGAGGGGCUUUCGUUGCGUUGGUCCUACGGUUGUGUAUUCAUUCAUGCAAGUAGCUGGGAUUGUGAACGAUCAUCUCGUAUCAUGCUUCAGGCACAAAGAGUGCGAUGCCAGCGCAAAGAUUGAUGUAAAUCUUGAGAUUGAGAAGUCCAAAGAUAGAGUAAACUGAAGCCAUGGAGAAGAUCACACACUGUUCCUGACUAGACUGACAGAUCACAGAUCAAACUUGGUUCCCAAUCGCGAAAAUCCACCUAGCUAGACUAGAAAUUACUCUAAGGGUAGAAGCAGAUGUAAUUUUCGACUUGCCGGUUAGUGUUUUCUUGUUCCUACUUUCAUCUUGGUGCAUGCUUUGCUCAUCUGUAACUGCAUUGUGUCUGUGGCAUGAUGUAUGUAGGAGGUGGGUUCUGUUAGACAAUAGAUGCUUGCACGCUAAAAUUUACCAUCUUUUGUGUCGUUUGUAAAGUUGCUGUGUUUUGGUCAUAUGUGUCCUGUAAUAAUUGUCUACAUGAUAAUAGAGAAGCCUAUCUAUCUAGUUCUCUUGAAUAAGACUCGCCUAUCCAUCUC